CAAAUUGCCACCUUUAGAAAAAUGAAAUCUUUUUUCUUUAGGAACAAUUAACUUGUGUGUCUUCCAGAUGAUCUGCUGUGAAGAUUUUUAGGAUGUUAGCUUUUUCAAAAAAUUAGCAUUGUGUAUUAUGCUAGAGGUACUAACCAAAGCAAUAUGAUAAAUAAAAGAAAUAGCAUAUAGGGCUGAGAUGUAGCUUAGUGGUAAAGCCCUUACCCUGCAUGCAUGAGACUCAUAACCAAAACUUAUUUGCAUAUAAUUUGAUUCUAAGGGAGUAAACUAUAGGUCACUUCUACCAGCCCCUCAUGUUAUAGUGACAUUGGCCACCCCAAAGAAAAAAAUGUAAACAAUUUCUAAAGGAAUUAAAUAAAAUGUCUAGAAGACAUUAGAUGCUAUAGAACAUUGCUCACAGAGAGCUACAAUUGCUCUUAAUUGGUCAACUUAAUCUUUUUUUCAUAAAAAUAAUCAACCAAGGUCACCAUAUUCUUUUUUUUAAAGAGAGAGAGAGAGAGAGAAUUUUUAAUAUUUAUUUUUUAGUUUUCGUAGGACACAACAUCUUUGUAUGUGGUGCUGAGGAUUGAAUCCAGGCUGCAUGCAUGCCAGGUGAGCACGCUACUGCUUGAGCCACAUCCCCAGCCCCAAUCACCAUAUUCUUGAUGGAAAUUAUCAAGAAGAAGGAAAACUAGGACAAAAAAAAGAAAAAAGAAGAAAAAAACCAAUAGGUCAUAAAUAGAUAACCCAGGAAUAUUAACCAUUUAAAGAGUUCCAGUGGGCUGGUCUCGUCCUCUAUGAUGCGCCUCUAUGAUGUGCCGGCCAACUCCAUGCGGCUCAAGUACCAGCACACUGGCGCCAUCCUGGACUGUGCCUUCUAGGAUCCAACGCAUGCCUGGAGUGGGGGAUUAGAUCAUCAGUUGAAAAUGCUUGAUUUGAACACUGAUCAAGAAAAUUUUGCUGGAACCCAUGAUGCCCCUAUCAGAUGUGUUGAAUACUGUCCAGAAGUGAAUGUGAUGGUUAUUGGAAGUUGGGAUCAAACAGUUAAAUUGUGGGACCCCAGAACUCCUUGCAAUGCUGGGACCUUCUCUCAGCCUGAAAAGGUGUAUACCCUCUCAGUGUCUGGAGUCUGGCUGAUUGUAGGUUCAGCGGGCCGCAGAGUGUUGGUGUGGGAUUUACGGAACAUGGGCUAUGUGCAGCAGCGCAGGGAGUCCAGCCUGAAAUACCAGACUCGCUGCAUAAGAGCAAUUCUUAACAAGCAGGGCUAUGUAUUAAGCUCUAUUGAAGGCCCGGUGGCAGUUGAGUACUUGGACCCAAGCCCUGAAGUACAGAAGAAGUAUGCUUUCAAAUGUCACAGACUAAAAGAAAAUAAUAUUGAGCAGAUUUACCCAGUCAAUGCCAUUUCAUUUCACAAUAUCCACAAUACAUUUGCCACAGGUGGUUCUGAUGGAUUUGUAAAUAUUUGGGAUCCAUUUAAAAAAAAACGACUGUGCCAGUUCCAGCGGUACCCUACCAGCAUCGCAUCACUUGCCUUCAGCAAUGAUGGGACUACACUUGCAAUAGCAUCAUCAUAUAUGUAUGAAAUGCAUGACACGGAACAUCCUGAAGAUGGUAUCUUCAUUCGCCAAGUGACAGAUGCAGAAACAAACCCCAAGUCACCAUGUACUUGGCAAGAUUUCACUUACUUAAGUGCCAUGUUGAUGAUAAUAAAACAAUUCGUACUCCCCAAUGGUGGAUUUAUUACUAUUAACAAAGAAACCAGGGCAAUAUUAAUUUUAAUAUUAUAAGAACCUGAAAAUAAUGGAAAAGAGGGUUUUUUUCUUUUCUUUUUUUUUAAAUGAACAAUUUCCUAAAUGCAUGAGAUGGUUUGAUGGUUUGCUGCAUUAAAGGUAUUUGGGCAAACAAAAAUAAAUAAAUAAAUAAAGAGUUCCAGUGUCCUCAGAAAACUCAAGAAGAAACUUGUAUUUGCAUAAAAUUAGGAUGCUCUGAAAAAUCAAAGAGCAAAAAAGAAUUCAUGAGAACUCAAAUAAUUUAAGACAAAGAUAAAUGACAGAUUAAAAUGAAAAAUCAAAGAAGUUUCUCAAGUAUAGAACAAAAAACACAAGAGAUAAGAAACAUCAAAGAAAGAACUGACGAUAGAUAGAGUUAAUCCAAAAGAGUCAACAUCAAUGCACAUUCUAAAAGAGUGGAAACAAAAUAUGAUAUAUCAAGGACUAUGUAAUGUUUUGAAUAACCAACAAUAAAAAAUUUUUAAAAAUAAAUAAAUAAAUAAAAGAGUGGAAACAGAAAAUAAAAGA